CUUGCUUUAGAUACGAAUAAAAAUAAUAAGUUAAUUUAGAAAAGCGUUAGAAUCCGUUAAAGAUUUUUCUUUAAAUCUUUCGGCCGGCGAAGAGCCAACGCAACUUCUCUCUCUAUUUAGCGGCGGUUGGAGGACUCCGGGUGGUACUGUUCGUGUGCUUGCUUGGUUUGGUGGAGUCGGAGCGAGCUCUAGCUGUCGGUGUUUGGUUUAGUUGGUGGUGUUAAAGGAGGAGGGAUGGCGAAAGAGGAGUCGAAGAAGGUGGCGGUAGAGGGCUCGUCAGUGACCGCUCCGCCGCCGGAACCCACCAAGGACGUUGCUGAGGAGAAGGUGGUGAUCCCGCCGCCGUCGGAGGAGAAGCCUGACGAUUCCAAGGCUCUGGCCGUCGUCGAGAAGGUUGCAGAUGUUUUGACAGAGAAAAGCACGGGGGGUUCGACUGAGAGAGAUGCUCAACUUGCAAGGGUUGAAACAGAGAAGAGAAUGUCUUUAAUAAGGGCAUGGGAGGAAAAUGAAAAGGCUAAAGCUGAAAAUAAGGCUGCUAAAAAGAUGUCAUCUAUUACUGCAUGGGAGAACUCAACUAAGGCAGCUAUGGAAGCUGAGCUGAAAGCAAAAGAGGAAGCAUUAGAAAAAAAGAAGGCAGAAUAUGCAGAAAAAAUGAAAAACAAGGUGGCCAUGCUUCACAAAGUAGCAGAAGAGAAGAAAGCUUUUGUUGAGGCCAAGCGGGGUGAGGAGAUCUUGAAGGCAGAGGAAAUGGCUGCAAAAUACCGUGCCACAGGGCUUGCUCCGAAGAAGCUCCUCGGGUGCUUUGGGGCCUAAGAUCUGACUAGAAAAGAGGGCAUUGAUGGUACAUUCUCUACUUUGUUUGUGGGUUAUGUUUUGAUUUAGUUAAAGCUUUAAUGGGAAAUCCCAGUUUGUCUGGUGUGUAAAGUGUCAUGUACUUGUAUAUAGUUGUAAUUUUACAAGAACAAAGAUUUGGUGUUGUACAAUUGUAUUCUUUUAGUUUGUGGGAAAAGAAGCAAAAAAAAAAAAAAAAAACAUUUGUGUGUAUUUA